UGACAAACUGAAGACUCAUGGAUUUUAUACAUGUGUGAUGUGUCAUGGACGAUUGUAACACUAGGGUAACGAAAACAGAAAACAAAAGUUUGGUCUUAUUUUAUUUAAAUGUAAAUAAACCAAUUAAAUAAACUUCGAAAACCAGAGUUAAGUUUCUGGUUUAAUAACUGCAUCGAAAUAACUUGUUGGUUGACAAGUAAAUGUUUUUAUACGCAAAAAGAUUAGUUCUUGCUCGAAGUUUCGGUCUAAAAUGCUAAUAAAAGAUCAGAUACAUAAUAAUAAAACAUUUGCGUUCAUUAUUAUUUUUUAUUUAAACAUAAUGAGGUAUAUAUUUAGGACAGAAGAAAGAACAUCAAACAAGAAAAGGAUAGGGUAUCACCAUGGAAACGAUUUCCCAAAGGCAUAUUAUGACGUCAGUUCACACCCGUGACCACCACCUAAGAUGAGUAAUGAUUUAACGCAGUAUUUUGCGUAUUUUUGUGAAGUUCCUGCGAGCAAACCACACACUCGCUUCAUUUGGUAGAGCAGACAACUACACUUGCCUAUUUUAGGGGACAAGUAGCGCAACUAUGACUUUGAAAAGCAACAAAGCUGUUGUAAAUAUACAGAGUGAUUCAGAAAAUGAUCUCGAAGCGUUAUUUCGUGUUAUACGACCAAACGAGACAGCAGGAAAGAAAGAACCAGCAUUGCCAAUGCGCAUGAGAAAAUUACCGCCGUCAUUUUUUAAACCAAGUUCGGUGGAUCUUGAAGGAAAGCAAGAUGUCAAAAGAUCGCCACAAAUUCACAAUGGUACUGGCCUUGUCAUAGCUCAUUCACGAGCGCACUCUUCUCCUGCCUCAUUUACUGUACCCAAAUCAAGUAAAAAAGCUGUAAACCACAUGCAAGUCUUACACAUGAGAUCGCAGUCAUACGAUUCAAGUGAAUCAAACAACGAUAUAACUGGUCCACUACCACCAGGAUGGGAAGAAGCGACUACAUCAGACGGGCAAAAAUAUUUCAUGAAUCAUAAUGAUCAAUCAACGACUUGGCAAGACCCGAGAAAAGCAAGAUCUUCCUCAAAUCUCGCAAGCAGCCAGCAAGGUUUAACCGAUGGCUGGCAGCAAUCAAUGGCUCCCAAUAGCAAUAGAGAUGUGUAUUACAUGAAUCAUAUGAAUUGCACAAGUUGGGCAGAUCCACGUCUAUCAAACAAUGUAAGUCCUGUACAAAAUCGUACUCCGGGUCCUCCUUCCUCUCAGUCGCCAGCUCGUAAUAACGGCUUGGAGAAAUGUAACCAAAUGCAACUACAACGCUUACAGAUGGAAAAACAAAUACUGCAAAGACGACAGCAACAACUGCUUCAACAAGAAAUCGUCAUUAAACGGGGAUUGCUGACAAAUGAAGAGGAAAGUAGUUCGAUGUUAUUGAACCUUAGUCGUGAAGCAUUUAUGGGUAUACCCAACAAUGAUCCACAACCACAAGCAACCCUAACAAGCAGACACAUCAGAGAGGAGUCUGCUGACUCUGGACUAGGCUUAGGUAAUUUUUAUCCGGGUUCUGACCUUGACAUUGUCAACGGAACCUUUGACGAUGGUAUUCAAGACAAUUUUGGAUCGAAAGAGAAUCUUCAACAGCAAACUAACAACAAUAACUUAAGACCUGGGCAAUUACCAGAUUGUUUUGACCUAAUGCCUAGCAGUAACGUCGAUGUAGGAUUAAUGGACGGUACCGAAUCAGUGAUAAGUAUGGAUACGGAUGAUUUGGGUGUCGGACUUGAUCAAAUAAAUUCAGACUUCAUGUUAAGUGACGUCGAAGGCUCUUUAGGACCAAGCAAUUUCAUUAAUAACUUAAAUUGGGUUUAAAUCACAUAAAUUCCUGAUUGUCAAUGCAUCAAAUAAUAUAUCUACGUCAACUGAAUGACGCCAAGAAAUGAUCUAAUGCGAUCAGUAAAGAAACUUCUUUUGACUUUUUUAAGGCAGACAACUUAUGAUACUCCGUUAAUGUGGGCGUUUGAGUGUUUAAUAACUCGUCAUCGUACUUCCUUUUGGUUCAAAAUAGUGGAAGCAAAUUGACAACACGCCUGUGAAGUUAUCACAGAUUCACAGUUUACAAUUGCGAAAGACGAUUAAAUUAAUAUUUGAUAAAGAAAGACAAAAGAACCGGUAUUGUAUUAUCACGUCUCAUGUUACACAUCUUUAGCUAGCUCAAAUAAAUCAUCGUUUGGAUCAGGAAGGAAAGCUAAAAGCGAUUUGGUUUUGUUAUUACGUGUUAUUUCAAGUUUCACCUAGUUCAAAGUUAAUUACAACCACACCCAUAACAGAACAAACUUCUAGUAUUGUCUCAAAACAAUGGCAAUUAAUAUUAAACGCUCAAAGAUAUUGGACGCUUAUGGCGUGUUGGCGUAUGUGUGAGAAACAAAUUAAAGAACAGCGUCCGCCUGUCGGUUUUCUUGAUAUUCAUACAUGCACGACACGGUUUUAAAGCACACAGCAUGCACAUAAUACUAUUCCAAUAUAUGUAUUUUUUAUGUUUCCAUUUGUAUAGAGUGGAUGUAUUGUUUCCGCUUUGAAAGAAUUCUUUAAGGCAUUUUUGUUGAUGAUGAAAAAAUAUUUUGAUAGCAAUGUUACGUGGGAUUAUGUUUCCACAGAUGGACUUAACAAUAACUUAACAUCGGUCUAAUUGACGUUAUUUGUAAAUAGCUUUUAUACGUAAAUUAACUAUUUUUAUGCAUUAAACAGUUGUUCGUAUUUUUAA